UCCUAAGAUGGCGGACCGGCGGCGCAGGAGGAAGCGCGCGUCUCAGGACAGCGAAGACGACGACGAGUCCGGCUCGGGUUCGGACAGCGGACGGUCUGGUUCUCCUGACCCAAAGAGCCGAGUCCGAGAUCCCGAGCCGGCGGAGGUGGAGGUGGGCCGGACCGAACCGAAAAGCGACGUGGAGUCGGAGUGUGAGUCCACUGAGGAUCCUGAGACGAAGGCGGGAGGAAAACCGGGCCAGCACCUCGAUGAUGACGAGGACCGGAAGAACCCGGCCUACAUCCCCAGGAAGGGUCUGUUCUUUGAGCACGACGUUCGAGGCCACGCUCAGGAGGAGGAGAGGCCCAAAGGUCGGAACAGGAAGCUGUGGAAGGACGAGGGCCGGUGGGAGCACGAUAAGUUCAGAGAGGAGGAGCAGGCGCCCAAGAGCCGCGAGGAGCUCAUCGCCAUCUACGGUUACGACAUCAGGAACGGAGGCGGCGGUCAAGGAGACCGAGCGUAUCGACAGAGACGACCCCGGCCCGGUUCUUCUCCAAACAGGGACAAACGGUGGAGGGACGGGGGCGGAGGAGGACCCAGACCGGCCCGGUCCUGGCAGAACCGAGGAGGAGCUGCUCCACCUUCAUCUCUGCCUCCCUCCUCUUCAUCCUCUGCAUUCCCUCCUCUUCCUUCCGCUCAUCGCAACAGUAACUCCUCCAGACCACCCCCCUCCCGCAGCAGGCCCCCCCACCCGAACCAGGCAACCCCCCCUCAUUUGGAGUACAGGAGUAACGAAUCAAACGCACCUCCGCUCCAUCCCAGGGAGCGGCUGGGUUCUAAAGCUCUGGAGCCUGCAGGAGAGAGGGGCUUGGCCAGCAGGGGGGCGCGGGGUCCUGGAGGUAAAGCGGGGCCAGCCGUGGUCAUUGAGGAGGUGUCAGUCAGUCCUGGGGGGCCGGGAGAGGAGGAUCUGAGCUCAGCCUCUGCAGCUACAGCUGCCUCACCUCAGCCAGGGGGGUACCAGUCACCCAGACGGCAGGAACGGGGCGCUGCUGACAGGUCUGCCUCUGGACCGGCUGCCUCCCCCUCUGACCCCUCCCCUCAGUCUGCCGCAGCCAAUCAGGAAGCCUCUCCGCCCACCGAGCGGCCAGUGGAGCGCAAGUCCUACUCUCUGGCCCGCAGGACUCGAUCGCGACCCUCAGACCUGGGCAGCAAGCAGGCCUCUGUGGAGGAGUCUGCAUCUGGGGGAAACACCUCCUCUCCCGGCAGCGGGGGAGGGAAGGCCUGGGCCGGAGACGGGACCGGUCCCACGGCGCCGGCAGGGGUGGGUGGGRGCGCGGGACUAGCCGAGCUGGACCAGGACGUGGCUCGACUCAGUCUGGCUAGACAAAACUGGAGUCAGAGCCCGACGUCCUACAUGCGCUCCGAGCUGAGAGGCCUCCCGAACCCCCUGCACAUUGGCGGCGGCCCGCCUCAGUUCUCCAGCAUGGAGGAGAUGGGAGUCGGCUCCAACCGGGCCAAGCGCUACUCGUCCCAGCGUCAGAGGCCUGUUCCAGAACCGGCGCCGCCCAUGCACCUCGGCGUGAUGGAGGGACACUACUACGAGCCCAUGUCGUACCAGGGACCAAUCUACACUCAUGGAGACGGCGCCGCCCCCAUACCGCCCCAAGGGAUGCUGGUCCAGCCUGAGAUGCAUAUCCCCCAUCCUGGUCUCCAUCCCCACCAAUCGGGCGGCCCUAUCGCUAACCCCGCCCUCUACGGAGCUCCGCCUGUCUCUUUGUCACCGGGGCAACCACAGCAGCUGCUGCCUCCUCCUUUCUACCCUCCCCCUGGGGUUGUAACCUUUCCAUAUCCCACCAUGUACCCAAACCCACAGGGGCAGUCCCAGGUGACCUACGGCGGCGUCACGUAUUACGACACGAUGCAGCAGCAGGCUCAGCCCAAACCCUCGCCCCCCCGCCGAACGUCCCAGCCUGUCACCAUCAAACCCCCCCCUCCAGAGGUUCCCUUUGCCUCAGAGUGACCCCGCCCCUCACCACCUCCAGGCCACCCAGUCUAAGCCCCACCCUGACCUGAAGACUACAGGUGGGUUUAGGUUUGAUCCUGGUGUUUCGUGAUGGGAAACACCUGUAGCACCUCGACUGUCCUCUAAGCUCCCCUCAGCUGAGGGUCUUCAACAGAAUCCCCCCCAAAUCUAAACAGAUCUUUAAAAUAAACAUGAAAUAUAUCUGGAAUGAGCAGCAGCAGGUGGCUGGUCUGUUGCAGACAAUCCAGAUACCAGAUUAUAAUCUGGACACAACAGAAAUAUUCUUUCUUUAGCUGGGUGAUAAUCCAGCUAUAAUCCAGCUGAACUCAGGAUGUAAUUGAGUGACUGCUGGAGUGUAACUGGCUAAACAAAUUUAAUCUGGUUAGGACCAAUUAAUCUGCUGCAGCCCUGCUGCAGUCGGGCUCUAAUUGGGCUAAAUUUAGUAAGCUGUAGUUGGACAGUAAUUGURUAAUCUAUAAUAUAUAUUCAUAAUCUGAUUAACCAGGCUAUAAUCUGCUCAUCACCCCUACAAACAGAUUUCCUUUUAACUCUUGAAAAUCUAUAAAAUCAUGUGUUGAAUAAUCUGGAUUAUCUGACUAACCAAGCUUUGAUCUGACUGUAACCAGGCUUUGAUCUGACU